AUGGCACAGCAACAAAUUGAAGUAGACAGAAAGAAGUUCUGCUGUUCGAUCUGUCUGGAUCUCCUGAAGGAUCCGGUUUCUAUUCCAUGUGGACACAACUACUGCACUGAUAAAGCAGUGGAGGACAGUCAGGAGACCUUCAGUCAGAUGAUCCGUCUGAUUGAGAAGAGAAGCUCUGAUGUGAAGCAGCAGAUCAGAUCCCAGCAGAAAACUGAAGUGAGUCGAGUCAAAGAGCUUCAGGAGAAGCUGGAGCAGGAGAUCACUGAUCUGAGGAGCAAAGAUGCUGAUCUGGAUCAGCUCUCACACACACAGGAUCACAUCCAGUUUCUACAAAAUUACCCCUCAGUGCCACGUCUCAGUCAGUCUACAGACUCGUCCAGCAUCAGAAUCCGUCCUCUGAAGCACUUUGAGGAUGUGACGGCGGCCGUGUCAAAGGUCAGAGAGGAACUACACAACAUUCUGAGUGAUGAAUGGAUGAAAAUCUCACAGACCAUCAGUGAAGUGGACGUUUUACUGCCACAACCAGAACCAAAAACCAGAACUGAAUUCUUAAAAUAUUCACGUAAAAUCACGCUGGAUCCAAAUUCAGCAAACAAACAUCUGAUUUUAUCUGAAGGAAACAGAAAAGCAACAAAAGUGAAUCAGAAUCAGUUUUAUUCUGAUCAUCCAGACAGAUUCACUGAUGAGUUCCAGGUCCUGAGUGCAGAGAGUCUGACUGGACGUUGUUACUGGGAGGUGAAGUGGAGCAGAGUUGGAGUUUGUGUUUCAGUCACAUACAAGAACAUUAAAAGAACAGGGAGCAGAGAGGAAUGUAUAUUUGGACUCAAUGACAAGUCUUGGGCUUUAUAUUGUUACUUUGAUGGUUAUUCCUUCCUUCAUAACAAUAUUGAAACUCCAGUUUCUGGUCCUCGGUCGUCCACAGUUGGAGUAUAUCUGGAUCAUGGUGCAGGUGUUCUGUCCUUCUACAGCGUCUCUGACACCAUGACUCUCCUCCACAGAGUCCAGACCACGUUCACUCAGCCACUGCAUGAUGGAUUUUGUUUUUACUUUGGAUCUUCUGCUAAGAUCUGUGAGCUCAAAUAAACUGAGGUCAUUUCA